AUGCUCGCCUUUCCCAAUGCCAACGAGGGCUUUCCCAAGUUUUCCGCCGCGACCUCUCAUCAAGUUACGGCUGAGGAACGAGUCACAGCUAUCGACUUUGUAAACCGGCAUAACUUUCUUUUCGAGGAGUUUGAUACGAAGAAACUACUCACAACACAACUUCCCGAAAUGACUUUGUACCACAUGUACGGGCACUUUAAGGGUGCUGAGGCAGUGAAGGAUUUUAUCGAGAGUAAAUAUCCUCCUCUUAUCCCUGGGGUUACUCGACAUGCAACAAACCACAUUGUUGACAGAGACAACGAAACUGGAGGAGUGGUUGUACGUUAUCACAUGACGUUGGUUCGCCAGGCAUGGCCGGAAGAGGCUGGCAAGGUUACCACGAAGGACGCGUUCGAAGCCACCGGCUUGCCCGGGAUUUGGAUUUACUCUGCAGUAGUGGACAGACUGAAGAUGACGGAUGACGGAUGGAAGCUCUACUCAAGAAUCAAUGGGUCCACAGUGGUCAACAAAAGUCUUAAUCCUGGAGCUUCCGAAGCUUCUAAGAAAAACGUAGACUAG